UCGACCAGGCCCAGGACAAAAGUUCCCUCAUGAGGAAGUUCAUGCAGGAGCCUUUGUUUGUGGAGUUUGCAGAUUGCUGCCUGAGGGUUGUGGAGCCCCCUGAGAAGGAGAAUAUUCUGCCAGAGUGA